AAUGUGUUAAUUCCACGACUGUAUAUAUCGGUAUCGGUUGAUAUCGGUAUCGGUAAUUAAAGAGUUGGACAAUAUCAGAAUAUCGGAUAUCGGCAAAAAGCCAUUAUCGGACAUCCCUAGUUCUUACCAAUAAACAUACAUGCACACACAUAUUAUUUGAAACUUGUAGUUCAUUUACCCUUUUUUUUUUAAUGUAUAAAACAUUUCCAUUGCAUGGAGUCAGUUUAUUACAAUUUCUUUGCUUACUGAGGGUAUUUUGUCUUGGAAUAUAUUUUGGAUGUUGCUAUAUUUACUUAUCAAGUAUGCAUAGGCGGGCCUACUCUCCGUGCCCUGCAGGUGAAUGCCCGGGGUUGUUGUUUUCUACGUAAUGUACAGUUAGCCCUUCCACCGAUUUACCCUGUCAGCACUAAUGGGGCAAUUAUACCUCAGGCGGAAAAGAUUGGAAACGUAUCUUCGUGACGUUUGUAUGACAAAAUGUUAAGGAAGCAGCUGAGCGUUGGUGGGACCUUCUCGGUGUCAAUCUCUGCGCCCCCCGGGGUACGGCCCUGCACACAGUGUAAUACAUCAUGUGCACCAAGAGAGGCUGGGGUCUUCCUGCUUCGGUAGGACAAGACCAGCUCCAGUCCACGUUGACCUCUCACUUCAUUCAAUCUUUGUCUUUGCUCAGACACCAGCCCUUGUCCUUCCUCCAUCCCCAAGGAGGCAAUAACCUCCCCGUAGCAAGUGCUUCCCGGUGAGCUGUUGUCAUAGUAACUUGUGGGCCGGUCGACAUGACAACCCCACCGUGGUCCAGAGAUAGAUGAUAGGCCAUGCAGGAGCGGGGAGAGGGGGGGUAGGCCUAUACCCCAUUAAUUUGGUUUGCCUGGUUCUGAUUCAAAAUGUGUUUUUUUAGCCCUCACCUCAAGGGCGAGGUUCAUUCAGCAUCAACCUGCUUUACAUUUAUACAAGUAUUUCUCUAACAACGUCUGCCUGCGGGCAGCGUGGUUAUCUGCUUAUUCGCGGACAUUGUUGAAAGAUAAACAUAUUUUCAAACCUUUAUUGUCUGCUUGAUAAGAAUAUGUUUUAAUUUAACGCUGUCAACUGCUUAAAGAUAUUCCCCAGUGGCGCAUUUUUGAAUACAUUUUUUUUUCUUGUUAAAUCUGAAUACCGUAUAUUUUAACCCUAAUUUACCUGGAUUUAUGGCGCAAUAUAUCGCUGCUUUAGCCAUAAACUAUACAAAUUCCAUACAAGACUUAUAUGUGACCCAUUUUUUAUACCUUGUGUUUAUUACGGCCGUUUCAUUUUUCAUGCCGCGGCCGUGGGAAGGAUGCCGCGGCCGUGGGAGGGAAGCCUCGGCGAGAACCAGGCGUUCCUCUGGACGAGCGAGAGGCAGAUGAUGAAUGCAAUCCAGAUCUAGAGGUGAAGGUGUUCUGCUCAGCCUGACCUUUGACCUCCGCAGAUGUGAGGCCGACGACGUGGAGGAGCAGCUUGUUGUUGUGGAGCUCUCUGGCGUGAUAAACAACGAUAUUAUGUCCAGACCUGGGGCUACUUGCAAGAUACUGGAUAUUGACAGUGAGCAGCCUAUGAUGCAACUGGGCCAGAAUGUGUUUGCAGGACAAUAUGAAGAUGCCCUUGGAACAUGUGUUCUAUUUGAGGAGGGACCAGGCACAGGAACCUCCGGCAGUGGACCAGCGCUCAAGUACAAGUGUCACACUGUUAAGAAACUGAUGAUGCAGCGAGUUUUCCUCAGUGACAAAAAAGAAAAUGGAGCAGACUCAGCAGCAGGCGGUGAAGGUGACAAGCAGGGAGACACCGUCUGCCAGUCUGAUCUGGAAACUAAAGAAGACUCUGCAAAAGGAUGACAACAUGGUCACGUGGGGGAAAAAGGCAGUUCCAUUCUUUCAACUGUGUUGCAGUUCAUCUGGGACAUUAUAUGCACAGACAGAUUCUAGUUAUUACACAUCCCUUUUUCCGUCUUUGAAAGAAGGGUGAAACGUACCAAACUCGAUGCUAAACUAUGUAUCCCUUGAUGUAAUGGCUGAUAACAUGCUUUGUGACAUCAUCAACAAAGUAUUUCAGUGUACAUUCAGGAUGUGAGACAUGGAGCCUGUUUAGAGCACCGCAAGCAGUGAAGGUCAUGAUAAACGAAGAUGUCUCUAA